UUUAGAAGCUUAUAUCAGUCACUUUAUGCUCGAUUAGCCCUAAUCUUAGAAAUUAUUGGAAAUACUAGAUUUUACAGUUAAAGGGAAAAGAGUUAUCAGAAGCUCUUAAUUUACAAUCAUUGAAAGCUUAUAAAGAUAAAAGGCCACAGAUAUGGAUUCACAGUAUACACCUGGACAGAUAAGUAUCCCUAAAGAGUCCAUCCUUUCAGCAACAAAGGGUGUUAAUAAAAUGGAUUAUCCACAUUACUGUGGUCUCUUAAGAAGAAUGAACAUGCCUUUUGUGGCAGGAAUUGAGGACAGACACGACUAUGGCAGAUUUGAAAAGAAAUGCAAUCCUACUUUUCUUAAAUUUCACCCUUAUCCCCCUUCAGUCCUGCCAGACUAUCAUCUCCACUAUCCUUAUCCCCCACCAUAUGGUCCAGAUUAUCCAUUAUUUCCACUUCGGGAUGAUGUGCCCUUAGGUGAUCCCUGUUCACAGUUUUUGAGUCCUGGUGCUGAUGCUGAUUUAAAACCUGGCGUCGGCAGAACCAUACCAAACCUGGUGGAUUUUAGUGAUGUGAAACCUCAACAACGAGUUCCGAGACCAGACUCAGGAUUUAAUACGACAAUAAAAAGACAAAAAAUUCUAUUAGAAGAACUACAACAGGACAAGAGGUGGAAUUCCAGAGCAGUUGCAGACAUUUCCAUCAGGGCAAGACUUGGAGGUAAGUAAAGUGUCAUGGACUUUAUUUUCUUUACACAUUCAUACGAGGGAAAAAAGUAUGGAUAUAAGAUUCAGUGUUUUAGUAGUUAAUGUG